GGAGCAUUCACAACUUCUGGAGGCAAGCCGUUCCACUGAUUCAUUGUUCUCACUGUCAGGAAAUUUCUCCUUAGUUCUAAGCUUAAGUUCUGAGUAGGGUAGGGAAUAGGGUAGAGAAUCGACUAGAGUAGAGAGUAGAGUAGAGAAAGAAUAGAAAGAAUAGAGUAGAGUAGAGUAGAGUAGAGUAGAGUAGAGUAGAGUAGAGUAGAGUAGAGUAGAGUAUGAAGAGGAAGAGGAAGAGGAAGAGGAAGAGGAGAGGAGAGGCGAGGAGAGAAGGGAAGGGAAGGGAAGGGAAGGGAAGGGAAGGAAGGCAAGCGGUUCCACUGAUUCAUUGUUCUCACUGUCAGGAAAUUUCUCCUUAGUUCUAGGCUUAGUUUUAAGUACGGUAGGGAAUAGAGUAGGGUAGAGAAUAGACUAGAGUAGAGAGUAGUGUAGAGAAAGAAUAGAAUAGAGUAGAGUAGAGUAGAGUAGAGUAGACUAUGAAUAGAAUAGAAAUAGAAUAGGAAUAGAAUAGAAUAGAAUAGAAUAGAAUAGAAUAGAAUAGAAUAGAAUAGAAUAGAAUAGUUGGAAGGGACCUUGGAGGUCUUCUAGUCCAACCCCCUGCUUAGGCAGGAAACCCUAUGCCAUUUCAGAGAAAUGGUUAUCCAUUGAAGCCAGUGGGACUUCGAGCUUCUUUCCCAUGUGGCUGCAUUGGACUAAAGAGGCGUCAAGGCUACUCGUCUUCCAGCAGGUUGGGACUAUUGAAGUCACAUGAUCCAAGACACAUUAAGCUGGAACCCGGCUUCUUGAAGGCGCAUGUGUUAGGCUUGAUGCGAGGAAAAAGAACUAUAACAUAAACACGGGCUUAACAACUGCGGCAUAAGAGGUUGUAAUAUGUGGCAAAAGUCACCAAACAACUGCCUUUCUUAACCACAGAAAUGCUGGGCUGCGUUGCGGUUGAGGACUUCCUGUAAGGUUGUGUUAUUAAUAAAAGCAGAGUGCAGAGUGAGUGCAGGGAAGAGCAACCAGGAUGAUGAGGGGACUGGAGGCUGAAACAUACGAUGAACUGGGCCUGGCUAGUCUAGUGAAGAGAAGGACCAGGGGAGACAGGAGAGCAUCUUCCAAUAUUUGAGGGUCUGAAGAAGGGAUCAAGCUAUUCUCCAAAGCAUCUGAAGGCCAGACAAGGAAUAAUGGAUGGAAACUGAACAAGGAGAGAUUCAACCUGGAAAUAAGGAGACAUUUUAUGACGAUCUAGAAGCUGAAAGCCACUUGGGCCUCCUCGUCUGGGAGACCAAAGACCUCCUCAUCAAAAAGGCUGAAUGGGCUUGAAGAAUUUCUCCAGGGUUUUGUUGACGAUCCAGACCGUAUGAAUGAAAAGAUUGUUGGAGUUCCUCAACCUCCAUUGGCCCUGUUGGCAACAAUGUUGGAGAAUGGAGAAGAAAUGGAGGGACAUUACUCAGUGGGUAAGGACUCCUGGGUAGGAGCUGAGCAGAAGACCCUGGAGGUGAAUGCCAUCAGUUCAGAGGUCCAGCGCAGGCUCUUCAGGAGCAUCCACUACCAAGAGGCCAAGGGACCCCGUGAGAUUUGUAGCCACCUUCACAAACUUUGCCAUCAGUGGCUGCAACCGUUGAGGAACACCAAAUGGCAGAUGCUGGACCUGGUGGUUCUGGAGCAAUUCCUGGCUGUCCUGCCUGCAGAGAUGCAGAGUUGGAUCCGGGAGUGUGGAGCAGAGACCAGCUCCCAGGCGGUGGCCCUGGCGGAAGGUUUCAUCCUUAGUCAGGUGGAGGAGCAGAAGGAACAUGUACAGUUGGAGGUCCAGGCAACAUCUGUAGAGGUCAUUGAACAUCACACGGAUUGCAGGGAUUUGUCAAAUCCUUCUCAGGAGCUGCUUUUGGGAGCCGUCUCUAAAAAUCUAUGUCAGGACACUUCAAAAGGGAACGGAUCAAUGCUGCCAGAAUUUUUAGAAUCAUCUCCUUUUUCUGGUGGAUCCAAAACAGCAGCUGGAGCUUCAGCUCAGCAGGGCUCUGUGUCCUUCAAGGAGGUGGCUGUGUAUUUCUCGAAAGAGGAGUGGUCUCGUCUGGAUGCCCACCAAAAAGCCCUCCACAAGGAAGUCAUGCUGGAGAAUUCUCGGAAUGUGGCCUCCCUGGGGGGUAAUGAGCAAGGGAAUAAAAAGUGCAAAGAAAUCCUCCAAACUUUGAUGCUGGAAGAGGGAAAGGAACUGUUUGCAAAUCAAACGGAACCAAAAACGCGCGGGGAAAGUCACUCCAAAAAUGGAAGGAAACGAGGCUCUUCCUUUCCGUGGCCUCAAAUUCAAGAUUUGUUUGUCCAACCAAACAGCCAUCUUAAAAGUAAGGGGAAAUGUUUCGGGAAAGGCGGAGAAGUAUUGCAGGAUGUAUCCGAUGUAAAUAAAGCUUGCAAAACCCUAGUCAAAGAACAGAAGUAUCAGUUCAAGGAAAACAAAAAAGGUUGCCAACGUAUUUUUGCCCUGUCUCUGCGCGAAAGAGUCAGCAUGGGGGAAAAACCCUACAAAUGCACGGAAUGUGGGAAACACUUCAGCAAUAGCAGUUCCCUUACGUGCCACAGAAGGAUCCACACCGGAGAGAAACCCUAUAAAUGCGCGGAGUGCGGAAAGAGUUUCAGUAGCAGCAGCAACCUCACUGCUCAUAAAAGGAGCCACUCGGGAGAGAAACCAUAUCAUUGUCUGGAGUGUGGGAAAAGCUUCAGUACAAGCAGCAGUCUUACAUCCCAUAAAAGGAGCCACUCGGGAGAAAAACCGUACAAAUGCACGGAGUGUGAAAAGAGCUUCAGCACGAGCAGCAGCCUAACGUCCCAUAAAAGGAGCCACUCAGGAGAAAAACCGUAUAAAUGCCCGGAAUGUGGAAAGAGCUUUAGUACAAGCAGCUACCUUACUUCUCACAAAAGGAUCCACACGGGAGAGAAACCCUACAAAUGCACGGAGUGCGGGAAAAGCUUCAGCAACAGCAGCAGCCUCACUUCCCACAGAAGGAGCCACUCGGGGGAGAAACCCUAUACAUGCCUGGACUGUGGGAAGAGCUUCAGGAAGAGUAGUAAUUUUUCUUCGCACAAAAGGAUCCACACAGGGGAGAAACCCUAUAAAUGCAGGGAGUGUGGAAAGAGCUUCAGUCAGAGCAGUGAUCUCAUAUCCCAUAAAAGGAUCCACACCGGGGAGAAACCAUACAAAUGCAUGGAGUGUGGCAAAAGCUUCAAUACCAGCAGUAACCGUGCUUCCCAUAAAAGGACCCACACAAGGGAGAAAAUCUACAAAUGGAUGAAGAUACAUUUUAACAAAAGCACCAGCAUUUCCAAACAUAGAAGGAUCCAUACCGGAGAGAAACCGUAUAAGUGCACAGACUGCGGGAAAAGCUUUAGGAGGACCACAACUUUCAUUUGCCAUAAAAGGAUUCAUGCGGUGGAGAAACGUUAUAAAUUCUUGGAAGGUGAAACUGGAAUAUAAGAAAACACUUAUGUUCUCACAAGAGGAUCUGUUUAGGAAAGAUAGACUAUCGGAGCACGGACUGUGGAAAGAGCUUUAAUUAAUGUUCUCACCUUACUUAGCCACAUUCAGUCGAUAGAGAGCAGAAAAAUGUCCCAACUGCACAGAAUAGUAAAAGAGCUCCUGUUAACAUAGGUCUUUUACUAGUACUAAGGAGAAGCAAUGGGGAGAAAGAAUAUAGAUACUGGGAAUGUGAGAAGGGCUUCAACAGAAGCACUGGAGACCGUUCUGCCAUUAUGGCUGCGUAUAGGAAUGAAAAUACGUAGUUGUGUGGAAAGAGCUUCAGCUGAAAGAACUACUAUCUGUUCUGUCCCCGUUCCACUCACGCACCUCCACAGACGGCCCGGAGUUAAUAAGCCACACGACAAAAUUCUUUGAAAAUAAAGCUGGCAGCAACCCAGUGGCUAGCUGCCAAUUCAGACUUUACUCACACAAAACAAAGAUUAGACUGCAAGCAUUCCGAUAAAACAGGCAGAGUUUUUAACAAUAUAAGGAUUAAUCCAAAGGCAGUCCGAUAAAGCAGGCAAAGUCCAGUAACGCAGAGAUCAUGGAUUAUUUCUAGUUUUUGCUCAUCACAAACUGAACCGGCCACCACACCCACAUUUAUACCCUGUGGGGUGUGGUCCAGUGACUCAGCUAAUCUCUGGCACGCCUUCCCCUCUGCUGCGCACGCUUCUCCCUGCGCCUCUGGCGAGGGUCCAGCCAGCACUUAUCUCCUUCGUCGCUGUCCACCUGUGGCUGCGGGAACGUGCUUGGCUCUGAGCCUAUCUUUUGGCCUUCGGUGUCCUCCGGAGGCAUUGCCAGAGAGGAGGGUCCUGGAGAGGGAGGCCUUGCCAACUCCUCUUCCUCACUCUCAGAGUCUGCAUCUGUCGAUAGCCCAGGCUCAGGCAACGGAGCCACAACACUAUCUUUUUCCCCACACAAUGAAUGGAUGAAGUGUGGAAAGUGUUUCCAUACAAUAUUAAUAAUAUCUCAAUUCUCUUUUGUAAUGUUUAAUGUUAACAGAUUGGCAUCUUUUGUGUUACCCAGAAAGGUUUUAAAAGGAAAUGGUUGGUAGAGAAGAUGUACGUCACUGCUCCUACUCCUACGGUAGCAGACGGAGGGUAUAUCCCAGGGCAUCUGCCCAGCUUCCAUCCUACCAGGCUCAUGAAGCUCUGACAACAGCAAUUCAGGCCAGAAUCAACAUGUUCCUUGGACUACUUCUACAGAAUCACAAUUUGUAGGACUGCUUUGAUGAUUAAUCAGAAGCUGCAAUUGGUGUAGAACUUGUUUUUGGAGUGUAGCGCUUACCUUUGGAACCUGCCCUCACUACCUAUAAUAUUCCAAAUCCAGUUCCAUUCCUCAGUUUUAUGUACAUAACCCUACACUGAGUUAUUUGAGAGGACACGUCCUUCAAAAUUAUUUUUAUCACUCUGUAAGCUGAGUUGGGUUAACUACCUCUGAGAAAUUUUUUUUUGGUAGAUUGGUCAUUUAGUCCAACCCCCUCCCCCACCCAAGCAGGAGACCCUACACCAUUUCUGACAAAUGGCAGGCCCUUAAAAGCUCUUCUUGAAAGUUUCCAAUGAUGAAGCUCCCAAUUUCUGAAGGCAAUUUUUGUUCUGUUGGUUGAUUGUUUUCACUGUCAGAAAUUUUCUCCUUAUUUCUAGGUUGAAUCUCUCCUUGAUCAGUUUCCAUCCAUUAUUCCUUGUCUGGCCUUCGGGUGCUUUGGAAAAUAGCUUGACCCCCCUCCUCUCUGUGACAGCCCUUCAAAUAUUGGAACAUUGUUAUCAUGUCUCCCCUGGUCCUUCUCUUCACUAGACUAGCCAUGCCCAGUUUCUGCAACCGUUCUUUGUAUGUUUCUUUUCAUUCUGUAAGCUCAGCUGGGUCAACCACCUGAGAACUCAGGAGGUCUUGGGUCCAAAGCAGGGGUGAAAAAUCCAGCAGGUUCUGACAGAUUCUGGAGAACCAAUAGCGGAAAUUUUGAGCAGUUUGGAGAACCGGCAAAUACCGCUUCUGGUUGGCCCCAGAGUGGGGUGGGAAUGGAGAUUUUGCAGUAUCCUUCCCCUGCCAUGCCCACCAAGCCACACCACACCACGCCCACCAAGCCAUGCCCACAGAACCGGUAGUAAAAAAAUUUGGAUUUCACCACUGGUCCAAAGGCAGGAACAAUUGUAUAGAACAAGUUUCCUCACAGAUACCUUGCGCAUUAUGGUUAGCCUUUUACAAGAUUUAUUUAUUUAUUAGUCAUAUUUCUAUGCCGCCCACUCUCCGAGGACUCUGGGCGGCUUACACCAAAGACAGUAUACUAAAUAGCAUAUUGUCCCCAACAAUCUGGGUCCUCAUUUUACCCACCUCAGAAGGAUGGAAGGCUGAGUCAACCUUGAGCCGGUGAGAUUUGAUCCGCUGAUCUGCUGAACUAGCAGUCAGCUGAAGUAGCUGCAGUACUGCACUCUAACCACUGCGCCACCUCGGCUCUUAUAUCACAAACAUCAUUUUGUUUAAAUGAGCUUUUGAGCAGUUCUGGUGACCUUCAUUUUGUGGUAGGUCCUUGUUCCAAUACUUUUAUUGGAUGCCAAAAUCAUUCAUGAAUUUGGGUAAGAAAAGCAGUUGUAAUAAAUUCUUGGUUAGCUUUGGGAUGAACAUCUAGCACUCUUGACUUUAUGUAGUCCAACUACAGUUUUUGUAGCUCAAGAAUACCUGUUUCCAACACCUUCAAACUAAGUUUCCAAACUUCAAACCAUGUAACAAUUGAUGGCACCUAGAAUUAAACUUCGGAUCCUGUUUUAGAUGGUUAACACUCUACCAUUGAAAUUAUUAGAAAGUUGGAUUUUAAUAUUUUGCCAAGAACACAUCUGCACAAUGAGUAUUUGAUGCCCUAUUAAUCCUUCCCAACAUGAUCAUAAUUUUUUUUUUCUACACAUGAAUCUUUUUGGCUUAUUUCUCAAUACACUUAUUAUUUCUCAAUACACUUUGAUAUCUAAAGCUAAAGCUACUACCACUUCCAUCCUAUAUCCCAAAGUCUGAUCAAAUAAAUCAAACAUAAUACCUCUGGGCCACAGUAUUAAUGUAGAAAAUUGUUAAGGAUUGGGCCUUUAGAUUAUAUUCAUUUUACUGUAAGAAUUCCAUAGAUUAGAGGUUUUCAAACUUGGCAGCUUUAAGACUUGUGGACUUCAAUUCCCAGAAUUCUCCAGCCAGCCAAGCAUAGCUGGCUGAGGAACUCUGGGAGUUGAAGUCCACAAGUCUUAAAGUUGCCAAGGUUGGAGACCUCUGGAUAAAAAAUAUACAUUUUCCUUUGCUAUUAAUCCUUUUUACUAACUUGUAACUUCUGUGCUUUGGUGUUGUUGAAGUUUCCUUUGCAUUAAGACUCAUCGUCCUUGGUCCAAUAUUCUUAUCCUAAGAAGUUCCAAUGCACAUUAUUUAUAUGGGGCUUGUUCUGUAAUUAUUCAUAUCAGAGUAUUUGUAUCAUCCUAGGUGGACCAAAUUGUUAUUAUUGUUAAAAUGUUUAAUAAAUGUGAUCCCUAUACUUCAUUUGA